AUGAACCUGACUUAUACGUACCGGAUGACGAUGAAUUUUAUCAGAAGUUUCUGCGGCCUUGUAAAUGGUAUCCAAAAAGUGCCUUCGAACUGGUAAGGAUAACUCCAUUCAAAACACGUUUAUUUAUUGUUACUGAAAUUUUAUUUUGUCUUUGUAAUAGAUACCUGUGCAAUUUCAUAUUUUUCUGAACCAAAGUGAGGAUUAAACAGAAAUCUCUUUCGCUCGUUCAAACUAUAAUAACAAAUACUUUGCUAUACUAUAAUAACAAAUACUUUUAAAUUACAUAAAACUUGUAAUAUACUUGUCGUUUUACAUAUUUAAAUUUUUCACAAAGAAAGAAAUUGUUAGAAAAUUUCUCACAAGCUUGUUACAAUUUUAUAUUUUAUUUCACAAUAACUCUAAGCGACAUGAAUAGCACAGUUAAAAUGCAUCAACUAAAAAAUUACAUCAACAGUUGUACCAUUUAUUUUGAAAGUGGUGUAAAGUCCAUUUUCUUUUUACUCCGAGAUAUUGAAGCGUUUACGUUCCGGUUAAGCCAAUUCCAAUCAGCAACGAAAUUUCAAUGAACAUUUUAAGAUUUAAAUUACAAGUUACUUCCAAAUAAAAACUUUCUAUUUUUUAUUUUUUUUAAUUUUUUUAUUUUCUCAGUUUCUUCGAAAAAAUACACUUGCACCACUUCCAAGAGAAAUGAUCCAGUUAUUGUAUAUUGUAUAUUGAUUGUCACAAGAAGAUGCUUUCAAGCUAUCAUCUUCAAAUUGAAUGAAGCUUCUGCUGAUCGAAAAUCAUUUUAUUAAUUCCACAGAUGAAAAGGUUUUACAAAUUCAAGUUGAACAAUCCACGCUACUGCCUUAAUCUCGUACCUAGCAAUGAGAAGAAGGUACUCUCCUCGGACAUAGUGAUACCGUUGUCAAAUCGCACGGCGGAUGGUUGUAGAUUGUUGCUGAUCAACUGUGGAAAAACAUGGAACCCAAAGGUCAUCACCACCGAUGAAAUCUUUCGAGCGGUCAUACUGUCAAUGGAAGCGGCCAUAGCUGAACCCAGGACACAA